UUGUACAACUGACUAGGUAUCCCCCUUUCCCUUUCCCUUACACCCAUCAUCAGUACAACAUUUUUUUUUUAUAAUUGCACAUUUGCAAUUGUUUGUAUAAAAAUAACAGUGACAUGCGACUCGGACUCAUCCUCUGGCUUCAAAACAGAAGUCUAAACUCUCGCUGUAUAUUAGGUCAAUGUACAGUAUUGCGUGGUAAGAAACGGAAGGGGAAAAAAACCGCUCAAUCAAAACCGGAGCGCUUUCGACACACCCACUCGCCAUAUUGAGCGCCAGCUACCCCUUCUCGUAUGUCGACCUUUUUUUUUGGAAGCAUUGGUGCUUUCAGGACAACUGGGGGGGAAACGAGGUUAAAUAAUGACGUUAGUGAACUUCAGGUCGGAGCUCUAGAAAGAUGCCCUAGUGUCCGACUUGGAAUUCCGAAUUGGAUGACUGUUCAAAACGAUUUUCCAAAUCGGAGCGAAUGUAUUUUGACAUUAUAACGGUUAUAACAAGAUACUGGUGCAGCUCGCUAAAGUUAACUAGUUACAAAAAAAGCUACCUUUGGCUAGCAGCUAGCUAACUGCAGUAGGCCUAAUGUUUACUGUGCGCCAUGCAAGCUUUAGUCGCACAUUAUUCAUCAACUCCUGAACUCACAUUUAACGUUGAAAAGUCCUUGCUAUUAUUCGUUUGGGGGAGAAAAGGUUGAGCUCCAGUAGGACUGUAAACUUUCGUUCCGUACUAAAACCGGAAGUGACGUAAUAUUUGUGCUGCCAUCAGGUAGGUGGCUAGCAACUCCGCAUUUUCCAAGUUAUAAUAAAUAUAUUUAUAUAUGAGACGUGACUUGAUACGUUGCUGAUUUAAGGAUUACUGCCACUACUAGAAUGCGAGAAUUUAAAUAGCUAGAACUCUAUGAAAAGGACAGUCACAGAGAGCGCAAGCUAACAGCAGUAAUAGCAUCGUUAGCAUAGGUGGGUGGCUGUUUUGUUUGCUGCAGUGCUGUUAACGUCAGAAGCUGGCCUUUAUUGAUAAAGCACCAUAUAUGGAUCCUCACAUCAGUGUUAAAGACGAACCCACUAGUGAUGAUGAUGUUACACACAGCUGGUGCAACCCUGUCCAGCCCUCACAAAUGGACUACAGUCAUGAAGGUGCUGUUGAUAAGUCUGAGUUGGAACCAGAGGACCUUCCAGGGCUCAGUGAAGCAAGAAAACCAACAUUCAAUGUGAUUGUCAAGGAGGAGGAAGAUGAGGAGGAGGAGGAGGAUGAGGACAUGGUUGACCGAGGUUCAGACUCCGACUACACACCUAGUCCCACUGUGGUAGUGAAGGUGGGAGAACCCAAACCACCAACGAAGAAUAAGACCACAGUAAAGAAACUUCACCAGUGCCCCGACUGUGGUAAAACCUUUGAGAGGCUGUCGCGUCUGAAGAGGCACGAGCCAUCACACUUGAGGAAGAGCAAGCACCCGUGCCCUGACUGCAACCAGUCUUUUGGCAACCUCUCAGUCCUGAAGAAACACAGUGCAACACACAAGAGCACCGAGAAGCUGACUCACCAGUGUCAACAAUGUGGCAAGACGUUUGAGAAGCUAUCGCGCCUCAGAAGGCACCAGCCCGUACACCAGAGGAGAAAGAGGAUGGACCACCCGUGUCCUAAAUGUGGCAAGACCUUCAAGAAGUUAUCCGGCCUGGUUCGGCACGAGCGAGGACACACCGGAGAGAAACCGUUCCCUUGCUCCCAGUGCGGGAAGAGCUUUGCCGACGACCGUCACCGGAAAGUGCACGAGCAGGCUCACCAAGGGAAGAUGGAGAGACCCCACCGCUGCGCUGACUGCGGGAUCUGCUUCCCCAAACCAUCCGAGCUUCGACGGCACCAACGCGCGCAUACGGGAGAGAAACCGCACCGCUGCCCUGACUGUGGGAAGGCCUAUUCCCGGUCAGAGACUCUGAAGAGGCACCUUCUCAUCCACACUGGGGAGAGACCUCACCUCUGCACCGAUUGUGGGAAAAGCUUCAUCGACUUGCAGCAGUUGAAAUCCCACCAGCGGAUUCACACGGGAGAGAAACCAUUCCACUGUCCCGUGUGUGGGAAGGGUUUCUCACAGAGGGGUAACAUGAGGGCACACCAUCGGACUCACACAGGGGAGAAACUUCACCACUGUGCCGACUGCGGGGCCAGUCUCUCCACAUCUUCUAGUUUAAAAGAGCAUCAGCUCAUUCACACAGGAGAGAGGCCCUUCCAGUGUCUGGUCUGUGGCAAACGCUUUCUGCACAUCUGGAGACUCAGAAAACACCAGAAGACACACACACACACACCGGACUAACAGACACCGGACUAAUACAUGCCGGACACGCUGGACGUCUCUGUAUGCUUUGAAAGAGCAGCAACUGUAGUGUUCUACUACUGCUACUAAUACUAGAAUUCUGUGUUCAAUUCCUGGGACCACCCAUACGUGAAUGUGUGCAUGCAUGACUGACUAAGUUGCUUUGGAUAAAAGCAUCUGCUAAAUGGCUAUUAUUAUUAAUCUCAGCAACCUAGAACCAACAAAAAUAAUUUAAUUCACUUUAAUAGCUUGUAGUAGGGAUCUGCUUUUGAGUAUUCUAAUUACAUAUGUGUACAGAGGGGGUAUACUACAAAGCAGGAUCAAUUAGUUAUCCAGCUAACUUUGAUAAGCAACCAGAAAUAUCUAUUGAUUUUCUGACUAAUUAAUAAAUUCAAAAUUAGA